UCUCCAGCUUCUCCUUCUUCGUCUUCCUCCUCUUGCGUUUUCCUUCGUGCUACGCUAUGUAGACAUGUGUCCGGGAUCAGGGCCGUUUCAAGAGUAUAACCCGAAUUGCAUAGCUUCACCUCAAACAGCAUACCUAGCACGCCGAAGCGCACGGUCUUUGCUACGGAAGCGCGAGGUGAUCAGAAUCUCCUACAUAGAUAUCUAAACAACGAAUUUUUUUUUCCCCCGGGCUACGGCGGAUGUGACGUACAAAAUCUAGGUAUACAUCCAAUGCUGCUUCUCGAAACAUCAGUGAGCCGCAAGUUACCAAUCACAGCCGUCGCCGGCAUAAUCAUCCAUGCAGAUUCGCCGAAGAUGGAGACUCUCACACAGCAGACAGCGAUACGCUCCUCUGUGCCUGCAUCCAUUCCCUCGGCGAUUUCCCAAGUCGCAACUGCAACACAGAAGGGGAAGAGAGAGAUACCGCGAAGACGAAAAUAAAACAAACGGUCGAGAGGACAGUGAGGCGGCAGAAACGCGGGGGGAGGGACUGACUUACGCGAACGUCCACUAUGCCAUAUACUCUAGUAGACCCCGAGCAAGCUCUUGGUUGGUAAUGAGCCUGCUUGUUGUUGCUGCACGGUCAGUUGUUCCGUCUUCACCUGACACAUCCGGCGGAAAGGUGCCGAGGGUGUGCGUUUGCGCAUUCGACAGUCUUUGCCGCGCUGCUUUACCUCACAUCACACACAAGCACACGAACAAACGCACACAUAAGCAAGCACACACACACAUACUACUCCGUACACACAUACCUAUCAUUCCGUCGUCUCACUCGCUUGAGACUGCCUCGGUGAGGUUAAGUAGGUACGGGAUAUGGUAUAGUAGACUGCAUGGGGCAUGUUUUAGUCAUUUGCUCAUGCGAUUGGUCCCUUCGGUCAGAUACGGCGGGAUGCACCAAUCCCGGCAACUCUCCAACUCUUACCCGAAUAUCUCUGAGACUUUUUUUAUUGUCCUUCUUCCCUUCUCCCCCCUGCGUUUCUCUACUACUAUCUGUACAAUAGCGUAGUGUAAUUGAUAAUCACGCGCUAUGGUUCCUCUUCCAUCUAUCUACCCCCUCACUCUGUAUUUAGUCUAAGCUCCAAGCCAGGCGGGGACGCGGGCUUGGGUUGGAUUUGCCGAAAUGAGACAGCCCAUGAGAGAGCGCAACGUAGCGUGCAGCUGAGAGACGAGCCCAUACAAAUCGGUCACCAGUGGUCAGUUUUGCUUCU